UACACCUGACAGGACAGUUCUAUUUGUGCAAUGGAUGCCGUGUCUGUGGUCAGCCAUCUGAGGAGCCUGGCGGCCGAGCCCCGGAAUAGAGCCGGUAUCGUCAGUGAUAAGAGCUGCCUGGCGGGGCUCAUCCUUCUUCUCAGUCACCAGGAUGGAGCUGUGGUGGAGGGCGCUGUGCAGACUAUUCGCUAUUUAUGUGAGAAUACCAAUCACUGUGAAAUUAUGAGGCGUGAACUUGGUAUGAUGGUGAGUUUGGAGAAUAUAAGAAACCGAGGUGAUGUCGAAAAUCAUAUCAAACUACUUGCACAGACUGUUUACACGUUGCUAAGUGCAUCUGUUCAAAUGUAUACUCCAGAACAAAAGAGUAACAAAAGCAAACCCCAUUUCUUCAUUACAAGUUCCAACAAAAGAGCAAAAACUAUAACGCUCCAUAUCCAUGGGCUUGAUAAUCUGGACAGGAAAUCGAUGUGCGAAGAAGCAUUAUUGCAGGUGAAAGGCGUCAUCAGCUUCACUUUUCAGAUAGCCGUAAGGAGGUGCACUGUUCGGGUAAAGCCAGAACUAGCAACGGAGUGUUUAACUUCAGCCAUUGCAGAAACCAAAGUGCUAAAGGCACAGCAAGUAAUAAAGAAUGAAUCGGGCAAUGAGGUAUAUCUCCCAAUGCCAAGUGAAAGUAUUCCAGUUGAAAAGAAUUCAUGCUUGCCAGACUAUUUACCAGAAGAAGAAAGUCCUCAGAAAGAUGUAGAGAAAGCUUUAGCUCGGCCAGCAUCAAAGGAACAGAACGGUGGAAGCUGGUUUAAUGCGGCAGCAAAUUUCCUCAGUAAAACAUUUUACUGGUGACGCUCAAAUCUAGAUGUUAUCUCGUGUCUAAAGUAUUUCAUUGAUCAUGUCUUGUCUCUCUACAUUUCCUCUGAUAUAUAUGUACACAAAGUCCGAUAUAAUAGAACACUAGUUUUGCAAAACAUCAUAUGGUAUUCGUGGGUUUAAAAAGAAAAGAGGAAGAAUAGCAUACAGUUCUGCCUGUAAGGGAUAUAGUGGAGGAAGCCUUUUGAAUUUUUCAUCUUCAUUACCCUGGUGAAAACCUCUUUACUACUCGUAAAGUAACAUGGUUUCUGUUGUUAAAAAGCAAUAACAGCCAUAGAUUAAUCAAGUUUAGUGAUUUAAGAAACUGGUAGGUUAUAUGUUGUAGAUGUGAGGUAUUUCUGUCAAGAAAAAAGUAAACUGUAAUUUAAAGAUAAUCUUGCCGAAAGGACUUCACAUUGGUUAGCGAAUACAGUACAAAAUGGUUUACUAAAAAGCUUCUAAUGCUAUAAAUAAUAGAUCUUUUCAUGAUGCCAGAAGGGUUUUGUGAGGAGGAUUAAGCAGACCAGGUCUAAUUUAAGCCAAAAUGCCUUGAAUUCCAGCUUAUUUAGUAUAGGUUUAUCUUAAAGCGGAUAUCCACCCAGAAAUUGAACUUCCGUGGAUUAGACAACACCCCGCUCUCUCUCCAGUACCACAUCUGGCACCUUUUCAGGUAAAGAAAAGAUAAGAUAGGCUGCAAUCACUUCACUGGAUGUAUGUGAGGGUGUACAACCACUUUAAAUGUUGUGUCGCAGUCAUAGAACAGAACAUCAGCCUUCUAAAGUUGGUGCUGUUUUUUUUUUUUUUUUUUCUUUUUCAAUAAUAAUUUUAUUGAUCAAAAGUUUGUGCAUACAUAACUUAGUCA